AGGAGCCGGUCAGAGGGAGGUAGAGAGAGAAAGAGGCUGUCUUCUCGUAGCUUCCGGCUUCAGAAACAAAAAGCUUUUCCUCACAGAGAGCUGUCGAGCAACGCAUCACAACAGACAUCUUCAACCGUAAAAGACCCUCCGCAGUCCGGGGAGGCAGCGGGCAGAGCUGGCCGCCGAACUCUUCGGAAACGGGUGGAAGUUUGUCCGAGUAGCGGCCAGAUGCUAGUCGAAGAAAAAGGCUCAUGUUCAACUUGAGCGGAGGUGGAUUUUCUCUUUUUAUCUCUCUUUAUUUGAGUGGGAGGGAAGAAGAUAAGGUGAAGAAGAAGAAGAAGCAGCAAACUUGCGUCAAACGGAGUUCGCUCGCGACACAAACCGCCCGAGAAAACACGAAGAUGGUGCAGCACGACCGUUGGUAGGCUCGCGUGCACCGGCCGCAGAGAGACGUCCUCUCCAGGGACUGAGCUGUCGGUACCAGCCGGGAAAAACAAAAAAGGUUCGGGAGCAGUGGCUACAAACUUUGUUGCAUGGUGGAGCUGCUCAGGAGGGAACACUGAGAGCUGUUUGACAGAACCCCCCCGCAGCUUCAGGGGACAUUGUCAGAUGUGUACCCAGCACCUAAAACCCCUGGCCUGGCCGUGGGGAUGGCAGCCUCUGCCUUAAACCUGAACGGCCUUGGAGUCAUGAACAGCAGUAAUCAGUUUCACCCCCAGCCUGGUUCUUCCAGCACCACCUCCCGAGCCAAAGCCAGUUCAGUCGGACGACCUGUGCUGCCGGUUCCAGAUCGAAGCACCUACUGUCCGUUACUCGGAGGAAGUCUUUACAGUCCAACAAGCCCCAAGACAAGCCCCCAAACUCUGGGCCAAGCCUUCGUCUUCCCCACUCCAACGUUGUUCCCGCCCAGCUCUCCAACCCGUCCUCGCUCCCCAUCCCCACGAAGCCCGGAGCACCUUGGAGUAUACGUGGGCCAGCGCAUCCGACGCCUGAGUGGUGGAGAGAGAGGGGAAGGAGACGGGCAGGAGGAGACGGGAGAAGAGACGAGAGGAGGAGAGAGGCGAGAGGAGAGGAGGCGGCAGGCGCAGAUGCUGCAGAUCCACAGAGAGCUGCAAAACGUUGAGGUCAGAGGAAAAGUGGGUUAUUAUGAGGCCCACAUCUCUGGGAGUCGGACUCAAGUACCUAAUAGUGAGUUCCAGCGAAGCCCUCGGCCUGCUCGACGAGUGACUAGCCAAAGUCCUUCCCAUCCCAACCAAGGAAACACGGCUUUUGAAUACCCAAUGAUUCAGCCACAAGGAACAAAACUUCCUGCUGUUGUCCAAAAUGGCCGAGAAGUGGAAGAAAGAAUGACCGAAAGAAAAAAGGAAGAAGAAGAGAGGGAUGUAGGUCAAAAGAAUGGCAGUGCCACUAAAACAAAUAAAGAAAACAUUUAUCAAAAUGACUGCCACUCAGAAACAACUGCACCAACUCUCUUUGUUGAUGGGCUGCUGGUUCAAGGUUCAUCUGAGGCAUCAGAAAACGGUGCAACAACGGCUGAUAAAGGGGAUGAACUCAGACAAAAGGAGGGAGGAAAUGAUAAAAAGAGGGUAGAUGAAAGCGAACGGACAGAGAGAGAACCAAUAGAUGGGAAAGAGGACUGUUGCUGUCCUAAAGUUCUGCUUCAGACGGAUGGGAACGGGUCAGACGAUUUACAUCAAGCACAAGACAAUAAGAACUCUCUGUGUUUGCAAGAUCCAGGUGAUCAGACCUGCAGCUCUUCUGCCCUGCCUCCCUCCAUCCCUGCAGUCAUAGUUACUGACCACGGUUUGGAGAGCACACCUCAUACUACUGAAAGCUCUGGGUCAGAACAGGGACGGUCCUGCUCCACCAGCCGCAGCUCCAGCCCUAUUCCAAACUCCACCACUCGGUCUCUAAGGAAGCUGUCUUCCUCCUCCACCUCCUCAGCCGGUUUCUCCUCUUCUUGGGAAGAGUCAGAGGAGGACAUCUCCAGUGAUACGGAGAAGGGAGAGAAUCUUCUCAACCCAGAACACCUGAGUUCUCAACAGAAAGCGCACAAGUCAUGGAAGAAGAUAAAAACCAUGGUCCAGUGGUCCCACUGCAUCAUGUCCUUCAAGAAAAAAUAUCCCUGGAUUCAGUUGGCGGGACAUGCAGGGAGUUUCAAGGCGGGAGCAAACGGCCGUAUAUUAAAAAAACACUGUGAAUGCGAGCAGCGCUGCUUGUCCCUGCUGAUGAACGAUGUGCUUCGUCCGUACGUUCCUGGUUACCAUGGAGACAUAGAGAAGGAUGGCCAGAAAUACAACCAGAUGGAGGAUCUGCUGGCUGAGUUUGACUCCCCGUGUGUGAUGGACUGUAAGAUGGGAGUAAGGACCUACCUAGAGGAAGAGCUGACCAAGGCUCGGAAGAAGCCUUCUCCGAGACCUGACAUGUUCCAGAAAAUGGUCGAGGUCGACCCGGAAGCACCUACGACAGAGGAGAACGACAAGAAGGCAGUGACCAAACCCAGAUACAUGCAGUGGAGAGAGACCAUAAGCUCAACAGCUACUCUGGGCUUUAGGAUAGAAGGAGUCAAGAAAGAAGACGGGACGGUGAACAGAGAUUUUAAGAAAACAAAGACAAGAGACCAAGUCGUCGCAGCGUUCAGCGACUUUGUUAAAGGAAACAAAGACAUACUGAACCAGUAUCUAACAAGGCUAAAAGAAAUCCGAGUCACUCUGGAGACCUCCGCCUUCUUCAAAACCCACGAGGUGAUCGGCAGCUCCCUCUUGUUUGUCCAUGACAGUAAAGGCCAAGCCAAAGUCUGGAUGAUCGACUUUGGGAAAACCACGCCUCUUCCUGAUGGAGAGGAACUAACCCACCGAGCAUCAUGGGUAGAGGGGAACAGAGAGGACGGCUACCUGUUUGGACUGGACAGUUUGGUGGACAUCAUUUCCUCCAUGGUGAACUCUGACACAUGAAGGCUGAGGGUUUCUCUCCCUCUAUAUAUAUUUUUUAAAUCAAGUGAACUUCUGGACCCGCAGGCACCUCCACUGAUUCUUCCGUCCUCUCAGGAACUCCUCAGGCUUCCUGAAGGACCCCUUCACUGACACUUAGGUGGAACAACAUCCUCCUGGCCCCUCAGUUCCUACAAGUAAACUAACAGCACAAACAAUGGCUCAGUCCGUCUUAAAUUUGUUAAACCUGAGUGUUCAUGCUUUGAAAAUAUGUCAGAAGUCAAUAGUUAAAACCCCUCCAGACCAAAUUUGACUUAAAUUAUUUUUUUAUUUAAAGCAAACAGCACCUAAUCCAAAUGAUAGACAUUUAUAUGUUGAUUACAUUUAUUUUUAUUGUUAAUAAAUGCUAUGAGAAGGCCAAAACCAGGCAGGUGUUACUGGCUCAAACCUCUGUAAUAUAAUUAAUAUGGACUGUUUUUACAUAUGCU